AUGUUCUGCCAAGGAAUCAAUGAAUUUGGACCAUUUUUCGAUCAUGUGCUAGGGUAUUGGAGGGCAAGCCAAGAAAAAUCGAGCAAAAUAUUGUUUUUACAGUAUGAAGAUCUCAAGGAAGACAUCAAUUCUCACCUAAAAAAGUUGGCAAUGUUUUUGGGGGUUCCUUUCACUGAGGAAGAAGAGAAACAAGGAGUUGUUGAAGAAAUAGCGAAAAAUUGCAGCUUUGAGAACAUGAAAGACUUGGAAGUGAAUAAGAAGGGCGCGCAAACUUUUGGGUAUCCACAAGAAACUUUCUCAGGGAAAACAAAGACUUUUGUGAUUCCACGGAAGCUUUCUUUAGAAAAGCAAAACGGAGAUUGGAGCAAUUAUCUCACACCCUCCAUGGUUGAUCGUCUAGAGAAACUUAUUCAAGAGAAAUUGGAUAACUCAGGUUUAACAUUUAAAUUGUUCUCUAAAACUUCAAAAGAUAUUACUUCUACAUGA